GUUAAAAAAAAUAAUUGAAAUCAGUGACCCACCAACAUUAAACACAGAAGAGAGAGCGCAGCUACUCACCCCACCUUCUCCAUCGUCGGACAGUCGCCGGCGUCAUUUACUGUCAUCGUCGCCUCACCUCUGCUCACGGUUGCUAGCUUACGUCUCUGUUCCGCACUUGUCUUCUUUGCAGCAAGACUUCUAGGGCUUUCAGUUGCACACUCCUUAUCGUUUUUUGGGCUCUUUCCUUCAAAUCCACCUUUUUCCCUUUCCUUUCUCAACAAGACUUCAUCGAUGUAGUAUGCAGUGCACAGAGUCACACCACCACUCUCUCUUCUCUUUACUUUCUGGUUUCCUUCCUUACACUUUUUAUUCCAAAAACUUGCUUUUUCUCAUAUACUCUAGUAAUUGCAGGUUUUUCGUACUUUGCUGAUGGUCAUUGGAUUUAUUCUCUCAAGUGGAGGAGAUAGUUGCCUGGUUCUAUUCCAUUGAAAAAAUAAGUGAAUUUAGCAAGGUGUGGCUUUAGCUUCUAGAAUAUUUGGAAUUCGAUUCAAUUUAGGGGAAGGAUGGGAUUGUGGCCAAUUUCUAUAGUCUUCAUUCAUGGAUGGGUUUGAUUUGCACUUUCCUCUUUGGAACAAAGAAGAAGGACGAGCUACAUUGACGAGUGAUAAACACAUGGCUUCUUCCUCUUCCUCUCCAGCACCGUUACAGACUACUAUGCUUCUUGGUUCGCCUAGUUUCCCAAACGCCAUUGCUUGGUCCCAAGACAACCUCCUUGCUGUUGCUACCGCCCACUUCGUUACCAUUCUUAGACCAGACAUGCCUCAUGGACCACGUGGAAUAAUCAAAAUCUCUCCAAUUGAGCCAUUCCUCUUUGGCUUUGUUGAAAGAAAAGAUUUAAUCUCUGGAUGCCUCCUCCCUAUUAGUUUGUACCGUGAUGAUAAGCCUGUUGUUCAGUCAAUAUCAUGGUCGCCACUUGGCAUUUCUUUGAAUUCAGGGUGCUUGUUGGCUGUUUGCACUAGCGAAGGACACGUGAAGGUUUAUCGUCCACCCUUUUGUGAUUUCUGUUCAGAAUGGAUUGAGGUUGUGAACGUUAGUGAACGUCUAUUUGAAUAUUUGCAAUGUACUGAGUUUCAAGGCACGGGGACUCCAUUAGAGUUUUCCAAAAGAAAUGCAUCAGAUGAAAUAGAUUCUGUGGCUAAACCUAAAAAGAAAUCCUUGAAAACAGUUCCCGAGAACGACAUGUUGCCUGUGAUAAGUGCUGAUCAAUAUGCUACUCGCAGCGCAGUGCUAAGCUCAAUUGUUGUUUCAUGGUCUCCUUUACUGCAUGAUAUUCAUGCUACUGUCAGCCUACUUGCUGUUGGAGGGAAGUCUGGUAAAAUUUCUUUAUGGAGAUUUUAUGCACCAGAUUGCUAUACUAUUGAGGGUGGAAAAAUCCCAUCUGCUGUGAAAUUUGUUGGAUUUCUUGAAGCACACAAUUCAUGGGUUACAACAAUAAGUUGGUUGUCAUUUUCUGUUAAUUCCUCAAAUCCACAAAUUUUAUUAGUUACUGGAAGCUCUGAUGGGAGUGUCAAGGUUUGGUUGGGUGACUAUCACAAAUUGAUUAAAUCAACAGAAGUGGAUCAGAAUGUGUUCAUUUUGUUGAAGGAGGUUAUCACUGUCAAUGUUGUCCCAGUUUCUGUACUUUCAGUAACUGUGCAUGUUCAAUGCUCUUCCAAGAUGCUUUUAGCAAUAGGCAAAGGUUCUGGUUCCUUUGAAAUAUGGCUAUGUGACAUAUCUUCUAAGGAAUUCAACAAGCUUGGUUCAUAUGAUGCACAUGACUAUAUUGUUACUGGCUUGGCAUGGGCAUUUGGUGGAAGAUGUUUGUACAGCUGUAGCCAGGAUAAUUUAGUGCGUAGCUGGAUUUUGCGCGAUAGAUGCCUAGAUGAAGUACCUGUUCAUAUGCCUCAUAAUAACAAUUCAUCCAGCGCUUCAGAUGAUGUAUAUGAUUCAUGCCUUGGUGCAGCAGUUUCACCUGGAAAUCUUGUCGUCGCUACUGUUCAUUGCUUUGAUGUUGAGAAACUGAAUCGAAUGUAUGAAGGAAGGGUACUGAGAGCAGCUAUUGAAUACCAUUGGAUUGGUGGGCUACAUGUGGAUAUUUGCUUGAAUCGUCCUGUUCCAUUUUACACUGAAGAACUUUCCGGUUUGGCAGAGAAAGAUUUAACCAAUUGGGGUUCCAAUAUCAUAUGGUCUUUGAACCAAUAUCAGUGUCUUGAUAGGCCCCUAGUUCUUUUGGAUAUAAUUUUGGCAUUAUUGGACUUCAAGGUCAGCAUGCCAAGAUAUGUAGAGCAUUUACUCAUCAAGUGGAUCUCUCUGUCUUUUCCGGGAUUUCAUACGGACCUUCCCAAUGAAAAGACUUUACUGCAGGUCUCUUCAAGUUUGUCAGGUGUUCCUUCUCGCAUGCUACACUUGCUCAAUAUAAUUUGUAGACGAGUAAUGUUGGCGCAGCUGGAUGCUGAUGAAAUCACACGAAUAUCCAGCGAAGUUCAAAACACUAAAGGGGAAUGCUGUUCUAUGGACGAACAAGUAACCAAGUGGAUAGCAAUUCUUGGAAGCAGUGAAAGAGAACUCCGUGAAAGGCUUGUCGGUUUUAGUUUUUGUGCUUCUCAAACUAGCAAGUCCCGUCCAGGGGCAACUCCUUUCCAAACUGGUCAUUGGUAUCCUGUUGGACUA